AGACUGUUAGGAGUUUGGUAGACAUCAGUCGCAGAUAGUGUAUACCGUCUAUCUACCAUCAGUGAUAUUGGAUUUGGCCUGGAGGGAGCAGUGAGAGUGAAAGUGAGAGAGAGAGACACAGGGACAUAACUGUGGUCAACAGAUAUUAUUGCAUAUGGUCAGCAUAAAACGCACAUAGAUACUGGUAAAUACUGGACGUCUUAAUAGGUUGACUCUUGGACAAAACACUGGAUAUAACUUCAGAUACAUUUGAGGACAAUUAAUAAAAUUAGAGGACAGUCUUUGCUGAUUGGCAACGCUAUAGAAAUUUAAUGCAGCAGGAUACAAGGAAACACAGGAGUUAGCUGAAGGGGUGUACUGAAUGUAGGAACUGAAAGAUAUCAGAUGUGAUGGCGCUUGGAAAAUAAUAAAUAGGUAACAGUGAAAAAGUGAAAAAUUAACAGAGGUCCGUAUAAAAAAAAGAAAACUCUCAAUGAUGGGAUGUGGACUAAGUUUCAAAUCAGAAAAACCCAAAAAGAAACAAAAGGAAGUCACCUCCAAUACAUGCACUAUAUUGUCUGAUAGACAAAAUCUGUUAAUUAGAGAAACAUGGUCUAUCAUUCAGGACGAAAUACUUACCAUUGGUGUAUAUAUUUAUUACAGUUUUUUCCAGUCAGAGUAUGACUUGCGUGAAUAUUUUUCUUCAAUAUUUCAAAUUAACAAAGAAAAGACCAAGAUGCAUAUGAACCAAGACAAGCUGGAGCGCCAUGCAAUGUUGCUAAUGGAAACACUAGGAUUUGCAGUCACCAAAUUGGAUGAAAUUGAAGAUCUUCGAGAUUUCCUUAACGAUUUGGGUGGUAAACAUUAUUGGCGUAAAGUGAAACCUUGCAUGAUUCGGCGUUUGUGGCCCAUCAUUGAUGACAGUUUCCGACAAGUUCUGUGUGAUGUGUACACAACAGAGGUGCGAGAGGCCUGGCAGACAUUUAUUGAGUUUAUAUUUGAGAGUAUGAAAGAAGGAAUCGAUGCAAUGUCACUGGCUCAAAGUCUAUCCACAGAGUGCGAAAUCAAUAUCAUCAACAACCAAAGUAAUGAUAAACCAAUUUUGAAUCGUCUUGAAGAGAAUUCUGAUGCAGAAUUAACAAUAUCUGAUGAAAAUGUUGACACUAAACUACUGAACAAAUAAUGCUAAAGAAAGCACAAGUGAUACAUAUAAAUAUGCAUGAGUGUACACACACACACACACACAC